AUGGCGAGACUCAGAUCAUCGCUGUUAAUUGGUCUUCUAGCUGGUCUAGCCCUGUCUACCACGACGUUGUCGAAGCAUCAAGACGACAAGGAAUCGACACAACUUCACAUUGGUGAUAGCCAAAUAUGUAACGAGUUUGAAUGCUACCCGAAAGUGUUCGAGGCAAGCAGUCUUUGGCAAGAGAUAAAGCCUGGACAACAUCUACCUGGUGGUUUGGACGUGAGGAUGAAUCUCGAAACCGGAGUGAGGGAAGCAAAAUUAUGUGAUGAUGAGCACAACGCCAUUCCAAACAUCCCAGUGGCCAUUCCAGAGAGCGAUUCCAUUCCUGAGACCAGUAUGCAUGAGUUUACGCAAGAUUUCGACGUAAUUAGAAAGCUGAUUGACUCCGAUCCUGAGUCGAAUUUGGAAAGUGUCAGUGCAAAGCUAGAGGACUUGAUGGAGUUUGCUCAUGAUUACAAGCAUGGCUACGAUAUUGUCGCCCAUGAAUUCGAUUUGCUGAAAAGGAUAAGCUGUGAUGAACAAAUGCCCUUGGCACUAAGAGAUAUCAGUACUAUAAUGAUCACUAGUUGCACAAGAAACAACCCUAGGGUUGUAGAAUACAUCAACAAAUGGUAUCCUGAUUUCAUUGAUCAAGUAUAUCAAAGGAUUGGUACGCUUAUCACGAAUGAAAACCGUUCAGAUCCACAUAUCAAAUUACUGAAGAGGUAUUUGUCCCUGUUGGAUGAGCUAACGACCGAGUCCUAUGAGUUUACCCAAUUUGAAUUAGACGCCUUGGAUAAGGCCUGGCAAAUUCCUGACAAGCAGAUCAGAAUUGAAGUACUUGAGCUGAUCUCCAAGCUUUUCACAGUUCCUGGUAGCGAUGAUAGUGAAUUGCGGAAAAGAGGCCUAACAGAUCCUGUGCCAUUCGCACAAAUGUGGGCAAACAAUAUCCAAGAAUUGAUUCAGGAUGACGAAAUUGACGAAUUGCAUACCCGCAAAUUCUUCGAUAGUUUAUACGCCAUAAAACAGGAUUUCAGUGAUGUUAAAAUCGAAGCGUCGUUUCUCAGUUGGCUGUCAAGGCAAGUCGAUGAAAGGAAGAAGCAGCUUGAUAGUGGCAUCAAAGAAAGAGACUUGGAGCAGGAUUCGUUCGACAAGAAAAUGAUAGAGAGCAGACACCUGGUAUUCGGAAACCCUAUGGCACACAAGAUAAAGAAUUGGAACGAUGAGCUGUGA